GUGACAGUAACACCAUCCCUCCAUGACGGAAGGGUUUUCUAAAAGGUCAGGAGUGUAAUUCGGGGUCACCCAGCCCAAUGACCCGUCUCCAAGGAGAAUUGAAGGGUGACCCACCAGGGGGGGCCCUAUCCAGUCCACUGGCUCAGCCACAUAGCUUCUAAUCUCCCACAGAAACAACUCGCCCAGAUAUCCCAUCUCACUCCCCCAGAACCCUCUCUCCCAGAACCCUCUCCCCCAGAGGCAGCAUGGUUCUAUCCACCCCAGAGACUCAGCCUGCCUGCUCCUCCUGGUCUGCCUGUGCUACAUUCCUAACGAGAGAGCCCCAUGGAGCCUGCAGCGGGAGAGAGCCCCAUGGAGCCUGCAGCGGGAGAGAGCCCCAUGGAGCCUGCAGCGGGAGAGAGCCCCAUGGAGCCUGCAGCGGGAGAGAGACCCACCGGGGCCGGGGGCCUCCUCGGGGUCCCAGGCCUCAGCGACAGCUGGGACGAGGACGAGGACGAGGUCGAGGAGGAGGUCGGCGGCAUCAAGCCCAAGUCGUCCCCCUGCCCCCGGAGGAAGACGUCCGUGUCGAGCGAAGACUCUGAGCCGGAGCUGCCCUCGUCCAGAUCCAGGAGGGUGUCCUUCGCUGACGUCCUGGGGCUCAGCCUGGUGUCGGUGAAGGAGUUCGACUCGUGGGACAUCCCCAGGCUACCUGGCUGCAGGGACUCUCUGGAGGGAGACGGGAAGGAAGUGGAGGAGUAUUACCUGUCCACUCUCUUCACGCUGCCGUCCGAGGAGCGGGCACUGAGGGUCAGGCAGCAGAAGCUGGAGCUGGAGAGCGUGGAGCUGCUCCCGGGGACAUCCAUCCUCCGCGGGGUCAUCCGUGUUCUCAACCUGUCCUUUGAUAAGAUGCUGUAUGUCCGCACCAGUCUGGACGCGUGGGCGAGCCACUUUGACCUGCUGGCAGAAUACGUCCCUGGGUCUGGUGAUGGAGUAACAGACUGUUUCUCUUUCAAGCUCACCCUGGUGCCUGCAUUGGGCUCGCAGGGCACCAGAGUGGACUUUUGUCUCCGCUACGAGACCCCAGUAGGCACUUUCUGGGCCAACAACAGUGACAGGAACUAUGUGCUGUUCUGUCACCAGAAAGUGAAAGAGACAAAGAAAAAACUGCAAAGUGACAACGCUCAAAAGAAAAGUUGUCUCAAGGCCAUAAGUCAAAUAUUUACCACUGAGGAACACUUGUCAUCAACCAAUGCUGAACAUACAGGUGUACCCCAUCAUGAUGACAAAACGCCCAUGCUGAACAUCGACAGCAAUGGAGCAACUGAGGAAGAGAAACAGAAACUGAUGGUGGAGAGCAGACAGAACUGUACUCGAAGAAACCGCCGUAAGGAAGCGAGGAUGGCACGUGUUAGGGACUACUUCUCCCAGAGAGACGACUUCACAAGUGAAAACAAGAACAAGCCAGUGGACCCAUCUCAGCCUCUCACAGAACACAACACACUUCUUGUGAAAAGCCUUCCAAAUGGACCAGAGACACAACCACAGCUCAACACAUCCAACGGACUGCAAAUUCAAUCCGAUUCCGUGGCAACGUCGGACAAGACAGGCAGGCCUUCCACCAAUGAAGCUGAGGGAUCUCAGGACUUUGUCUCGGCUGUCGGCCCUAUCACAUCAGACCUGGGCGGGUCAGACGUCACCAUCAUCUCUAACAACCUAUCAGGUUUGACCGCUGAUAAACACGCUCCCUCCUGCCAAACAGAUGACAUGUCUUAUGAGAUGGUGGAAAGUAUCUUGAUGCAGAUGGAGAAUACUGUGGCGGAGGAGAGAGUUGAAUCAGAUGACCCAGGUGUAGGGUUUCCUGAUGAUGUUGUUAGUUCUGCAGUCCCAGUCAGUCGGACCAGUGGCGUCAUAUUUGGAACGGUUUUGGCUCCACUUUAUCACCAGGUGUUUUGUCAAGUAGAAAGUGACCGUCAGAAUGUAACCAAUAAAAGGAAUCAAACAAGUCUAUCAAAGGGAAGGUUGCAUGAUGGAAAAUCAGCUACGGGCAUUUCCCAGAGAUACGCCUCCUCACAUGAAGUAGAUUACGGUUUCAACUUAACAUCAGAUGCUGGUGAAACUCAUGUAAAACAGUCAAGGAAUCAGAGAGAACCACUUGAAUCAGAUGCUCAUUGUUUAGUACUUGGACUGAGUGGGCAGUCUAAACCUGUCUCUGACGAGGUAGACAGAUGUGUUCCCAGGACUGGUGCAGACGCGCUGGUUCCCACAGCACUAAUCCCCAAGGCCCCCCAAGGCCCAUCUGAAGCAGACCACUUGCCUCACCAGGCCAAGAGGAAUCCCUCGGCUCAAAUCCCGCCCGAGGUCACAUCGGCACAAACACAGAUUGGAGACACAACAUGUGCGUCAACACAGAGUGUUUUAGACAUGGUAGAUUUACAAACACAAACUCUGGUCAGAGCGCCAGAAAACCCCAGUCCUGAAAUGGUCCCAGAGGUGAGCUGGGGACCAAACCGUGUGAGCGUAGAACAGCCAGAGGAAAGAGGGAGUCCUCUCACAGUCCCCACUGGUGAACGGUCCACGGAGACAGAUAGGUUACAUACAGCUACGGUCAUGUCAGAGCUUAUAGAUGGUGACCCCAGAGUUGAGUCAUCCACAACCAAAAUGCCAAAUCACCCAAGUAUUGAAAAUAAGCCAUCUGUAUACACCCUGAACGCAAAUAACUGUAUGGCUGCAAUAAAAAAGGAUGACCCUGUUUUCCACAAGGAUUGCAUAUCGUUGGAUAGUGAGAAAGGAUCCGACAAAGAGGAGGACAGGUUUCAGUCAGACGACUGGUGUGGUGAAACAAUUCUACCAACAGAAGGCGAGGGUGGUGGAAAUAUUCGGGAUAUGAAGGAUGUCGUAGAAUAUGACUCAAAGUCUAAAGAGGGAGAUCAAUUAGUUGUGACAUUCACUGAGAAGGAUGUUGGCUUUGUAGAAGAUCAUGAUGGAUCCUCAAAAGAUCCACAUUUUGAUGAGAGACAGAAGUGUGACAACCAAAACGUUGAUGAAAAAGACUGGGAGAAGAUUGUAGAGGAAGAAGAGGAAAUGUUGCUAAUUGAAGAUGGAGGAGAGGAAAGCAAGAUUCACCCAGAAGAGAGAGAGGAGAAUAGUGAGGAGAGGGUUGAUAAGGUUUUGGAAGAGCUGGUGGAGAAGGAAAAGAUGGUAGAACAAGAAAAAAUCAUAGUUGAAGAGAAGGAGCAAGAGGAGAAGAUUAACGUAGAUGAGUGUAGGAUUGAAGAAAUAGAGGAAAGGGAGUUGGAGUUGGAUGAGAAGGGGGUGGACAUGGAUGAGAGGGGGGUGGAGAUUGAGGUGGAAGGCUCGAAAGAUGAGAUUAAGGAAGAAGAUGAUGAUGAGCUACAGUUGGAGGAAGAGGAGAUGGUGGAGGAUGAAGAAGAAAUUGUAAAUAAGGAAGAUGGAGAAGUGAUUAUUAUUGGUAGAGAGACCGAUGAGGAGGUGGAGAUAAGAAAGCGGGAUGAAUACACUGACGGAGAGCAGCACCAGAAAGGGAGUAAGGCACAAAUAAUUGAAGCUGCAGAUCAUUUACUAACAGCAGAACAUAGAAACAGCACAUUUGAGAGUGGUAGUGAGGUCGAGAGAGUCAACGCAAACAACUCUAAGAACACAGAUGUAGAGGACAGCAGAUGGGAAAGGAAUGAAGCAAAUCUCUAUAUUGUGGAAGAUGCUCCUUACGACGACUGUGCAGACCAUGACAACGACCAGUACAGUGUGGUAAGAGAAGACAUGGACUCUGUCAAAGGAGACAGACUGCUCCGAGCAGGUAAACCUUGCUACGAGGACGGGGAUGAGCGCAGUAUUUCCACUGAAUCUUUAUCAGACGACGAGAUGGAUUUGUACCUGCACAGCCUGAGAGCCGCACAGAAGCAGGUCGCUGCUCUGGCAGCAGCAGGCUGCAGUAAGGACACACCUGUAGCUACGAGCUUUGGAAAAAGACCUUCAAUAAGCAGGAGUAAACAACUGCCUUCCCCCAUGCCGUCAAUCAGCGAGUCCGUGGACGAGGAGCCACCCAAUGACGCUCUUGAGGAUCUGCUGGACUUUGAAACGGUGGAUGAGCCGCCCGUUAGUUCGCUGUCUGCACUAUUCAAAGGAGAGGGCGGUGCAGAGAACCGUCUAGCAUGGUGGAGGGAAACGUUCUCCUUUCACAACAUCUCCAAAGCACUGAUGUACUCCCUCCUGUUAGCGGUGUUCUUUGUUGUGGCGUAUCAUUAUGACUUCUUGGCCUGUUUUACUCUCUACUUGUUCUCUGUACUCUGGCUGUGCUGCCAGGGAGAGAAACAAACUCCGAAAGACAACCCAGUUCAGGAACGUACAAGCCCUGAGCCUGUUACCCAGAAACAUCCGUCAGUGUAGAUACUGUUUUCCCUUAUCGUGUGCCUUAUCAGAACAUCUUUGUUUGUAUGUAUUGUAUAUUAUCAGUGAUUCUACAAAAGAAGAUAGAGUGGUCAAACAAACAUUUUUUGCACUUUCUGUUAUCAAUUGCUGGAUUACAGUUUACACAAAACAUUUACUAUAACACAGUAUAUCACUUCAAAAUGUGAUAUCACUUUAAAAAAUAUAUAUUGAAUAGUAUACAGUUAAUGUACAUAUAUACGUAUGAUAUUUUUUUCCAAACGAACGUAGUUUUUCUGACACUGACAAUGCAUUGUAGCUCACAGUAGGCCUUAUUACAGUUGAAAUACAGUAUUUGUCCAAUUAAAUGAUUUCUGUAUGAUAUCUGCACAUUGUCCAAACUAUUGCUUAUUGUUGACUGUUGUUUAAAUGAGCUGCAAUUCACCUCCUUUUCUGACAAAAAUAUUUUACUAAAUGGAUUGAGCGACCCUUAGGGUUAGUCCUUUAAAAGCGUGCAGGAUGCAUGUUGUGUCAAGUAUGUUACACUGAAAUGGAACGCUGUCCACAACCACCAAGACUACAACUAAACAAGUUUUUUUGCAGACUGUGUCUGGGAUAGGAUAGCUGUACUUGUAACUGAAACAGAUAUGAUUGUUUAUAUCAAACCCUCCAGAGUCUGGUGCAGAACAUUAUUGUAUGAUUUCCAUUGAUAUAUAUAUAUUUGUAAUUUAUGAAUAUGUUUAAUUAUUAAUAUGUUUCCCGGUGCAAUAGUAAUGAAUCAUCUGUCAGUGUACAUUAUUUUAGAUUCUGUAAAGAGAGAGGUGUACAACACAUGAUUUCUCUGAUUAAGAUAUCAACAGCCUGAAAUGUAUUGUGGUACUCCAUUCAUCACACCAAUGACCUUUGGAGAAGAACUCUCCAUGAUGUCCUAAGCUGUCAAGGCUAGGCUGUGAGGCUGUAUUUUAAGCAGACAUAUUAGAUUACAGUGUCCUUGAGAUCACUUUAAACAUUCUGGUGAAUCAGAAUAAAAACUGAAUAUGUUUUCUGUCUUAUAAACAGUCAGGUUAAGGUGUGAUUGCCACUAGAAGGUGGAAAUGUAUCGCCUGUGGUAGGUAACCUGAGUUAUACAGUCGCCUACUUUCAGUUAAUAUUCAGAGAGCAGGGACAGGGAGGAACCUUAGAUGAGCUCUUGGUAGUUAAACAUGCGUGCAGUUAUGAAAAUAUCUGAAAUGUCUGUUUCAUAACAGAAUGAUCUGCAGUUAAUUAUCUGAACACCAUCAUGUUGAGGGAGACAAACUAUCCAUUGUACAAGUUAAAUUACGUGCCAUUACCUGAAACACCAUAGUAUGAAAAUAAAAGAAUAUCUGCAUUUUGGCUUUGAAUUACAUUUCUUGCCGUGCAGUCCAUUAGUCGUUCUGAUAUGUUGACAUGUUUGGUUUUGCUCAAACCUUGUUAUCACUUGUAGUCAUUUCUGUUGAAAUAUGUUUGUAGCCUAGCUACUUCACUUUCAGUAGCGGCUCAUGAAGCUAAUCACAUCAUAGCACUUUAUGAAGCACACAUUCAUGAGCUGUGUUUAAUCUAAAAGGGCCAAAACUAGAUAAAUACUUGUUAAGCUAUACUUUUUCAACAAGUUUAUUCUUUUACUGCACAUCCUUCAUUCAAACCACUGUUUUCCAAUGUCCCCGGGGAUGAUACUGGUCUCCAAAAUAGUGCGAAAUGAAAAAUGGAAUACUGGUCUCCAAAAUAGUGCGAAAUGAAAAAUGGAAUACACGGCCCAGCGCACGUAGCACGUAUGCUACUUAACGUCCUGUUACCACAUCAGUCCUCACUGUUCAUCUCCCCACGGACCUCUCUGCUUACACAUAUCAAACUCAGAGCGGUAUUAAUCUCCUGAUCCAACAUCAAAGAUCGUAAAGCUCAUAAACAACAUACAUGACGACGAUGAUGAAGAUGGCCAUACUGGUUGCACACUGAGUAACUUGAUAGCCAGUGCCACUAACUUUGACCUUUGAAUUUAAACAUUUGGCUUUGGUCGGGCCUUCCCAGCUGCAGCUGCUUGUCAGAGCGUCCAUGACCGUCCUUAGCUAGGAUUAUCACUCCCUUGUGCUUCACAGACGAACAAGUGGUCAUUUUUAGCGGGCGGAGAUCCACAAUGCCAUAUUGACGUGGAAGAUACACGUCAGACACAUGUUAGGUGUGAAUUUGUUUCCUUAUAACUUAGAUUUAGGUCACAGCUUGUUAGUUGUAUUCUUUGUCAAGCCAUAAUUGAUGUUAAAUCUAAAAGGCAUUGCAGUGUGGUGAAUGAUUGAACAAAACACUGUCAGUAUAGUCAAAUAAUAUUAUGUCUGUCAGUGCCAUGUCGUUUGUUUAUCUUUAAGUCAUGUGCCAUAGAAGUCAAGGUUUCAUGUUAGAGUUUAAUGGCAUGGCUGCCUUGUGCCACAAGCAGGGCAAUGACACACACGAGCCUGAGUGAUUCAGCCUGUGACUGUAUCACACUACGUCAUCAAAGCGUCAAAAAAUAAAUACAUUGAGAUCCAAUAGCUUUCCUUGUAGGAUCUCCCUAAUGCCGUUAAAGUUGGUUUUAACAUCAGACUGAUUAUAACAUUGCUGGAAAUGUUGCUGUCACUAUUACACUACACGUUCUGCUAAAUGACUGGAUGUUCAUGUUAAAGUCCUCCCAUGAUGCUGAUGCCAGCUGUCCUCUAUGGAGGUAGUGGAAACAUCACAUGACACAGCAUUAAAACUAACAGCUGUGAUACUAUUUUUGUGA